AUGUCCGAACAACGCGUGCCUGCCUGGAAAAGGCUCGGUCUGAGCUUGACAAACGCCAAAGACACGGCGCCGCUACCCGCUUCUCCUGCUACUUCGACCAAACGCUCGAGAGAUGAUGCCGACACUCCCAAGGGCUCCAAGAAGCAGAGACUCGACCAAUCUCAGAAGGGAGCCAAUCUAUCUAGCCCUGCGCAAAAGCAGUCCCACCCUUCACGAGCCUCGCCCGAAAAGUCGAUCCUAGCCACACCCAACAGCAAGCACGGCCAGCGCAAGUCCGUCGUCUUCUCGAACGACACCAAAAAGCAAGACGGAGACAGUGCUCAGACUUACUUCCAAGCCUGGGCUAAUGACGAGCUCGAUUACUACGCUCAGAAAGCCGCAGCUUACGACGCCGCAGAAGCAGCAAAGGCCGCUGCGAACAACAAGACUGAGGACCCUACAAAGGCCGUAUCUACUCAACCUGAGAUUGCCUCAGAAGCCGACUUGACACCCAAGAAGGCAAAGAAAGAAGAGAAAAGUGUGGCCAAGGAGGAGAAGAAGAAGGCAAAGAAAGAAAAGAAGGAAGAGCAAGCAGCAGCCGCAGACGAAGACGCAACAAACAAGGACGACACGACACAAACCGCAUCUGAUUCUACGACACCCGCCGUAAAGAAACCUAAAGUACGCACACCAAAAGACAACGCCAACAAACCCGUACCUGAGUACGUACGCUACCUUGAACAAUACCACGCCGACCGACCCGCAUGGAAGUUCAACAAAUCCAAACAGAACGAUCUACUUAAGAACAUCUGGAACAUCUACCGUGUCCCUCCAUCUUGCAACGAAGCUCUUGUGGAAUACCUUGACGGAUUGCAAGGCGCAGCCGCACGCCAACGUCUACGUCAGGCAGCCCAGUCCGCAAAUAUCGACAUCGUCUCCUUCAUCCGCUCCGAGAUCCCAGAAGUCAAGGACGAACCCAUGGAGACCGCCGAGGCCAGAAAAGCUGCUUAUGACUCCGCUCUUGAGAGACAGAAGGAGAUUCUGCGCAAGAACGGCAUCGAUCCCGACCCGGAGAAGACCAAGACUAUCCGGGAACAGAGAGACUACGAUGAGCGUGUGCAGUUGGUCUGGAACACCAUGAGCAAGGGUGAGCCUCAGUCAGUCACAAGGGCAGCAGCACCAGUCCCCAAGGAGGAAGCCAAGGUCGAUACUGCACGCUCCAUGCGCAAGAAGAGAAAGUCAAGAACCGAUGUCUCUAGCAGCGAGAGCAGCAGUGAUAGCGACAGCAGCAGCGACAGCGAUAGUGACACCAGCGACGAAGACGACGACGACGACCACGACCACGACGAGAAGCCCGCAGCAAAGAGGGCCAAGAUCGCUAAGCUCGAGGCCCAGCUUGCAAACGCAAAGAUCGCAAAGCUCAAGGCCAAACUCGCAAAGGCCAAGGCUUCAAACGACUCUUCGGACAGCGAUUCAGACUCUUCAUCGAACUCUGACGAGGACUCUGAGUCAGGCUCGGAUUCAGAUUCCUCUUCCUCGCCUGAAGACUCUUCAAGCGACUCGGACAGCGAUUGA